GAAUGAGGCCGGUGUGUGGGCCGCCUCCUCCCGCGGUCCCAGAGGGCCCCCCUGCACGGGCCGUGCGGCAGCUUGGGGGCGCAGCGGGAGGCCCGAACCCUGGGCACAGAGGAAGGGAGACGGUUUGGGUGAGGCCCUGGGAAGUGGGGGGUCGUGUCUGAUGUGGAGACGCUGGGGUCCAGAUCGAACGACCAAGAGACGUGGUCGGCGUGCAGAGGGGCAGGUCUCUGGAGGAGGCUUGGAGGCAGCAGAGAUCUAGGGGUCAGCUGUCAGCUGCGGCCCUUGGCACCCGCGGUCCCAGCCCAGCCUUGUUGGAGGUGAGCCCCUAGUUCCAGGCACUGCAGGGCAGAGAGGGCUUCCCCCCCUCCCGCCGUGCCCAUCUGCACCGCCCUCUCUGGGGGCCACACAGCUGGCAGGACGCAGCCCUGGGACCCCGCCAGUCCAGGCUCCCGCCCCGCACAGCCAGCCCUUGUCCCUGCUGCGCUCACUGGGUUGGAGAAGCAGAAGCAACUGCAGCUGCCCCGCAGCCAGCUCCACGACCUUCCUGCGACACCCGGACAUUCACCCAGACUGGAGACCCUUCCGGAAGUGACAGGGCCAGGAGGCCCCUCCGCCAAAAGGCCAAACACAGCAUGGGGGCCCCGCGCGUCCCCGAGCGGACCGUGCUGUUCCGGCGCGAGAGGAGCGGCCUGACCUACCGGGUGCCCGCGCUGCUGCCCGUGCCCCCCGCGCCCGCCCUGCUGGCCUUCGCGGAGCAGCGGCUCAGCCCCGACGACGCCCACGCCCACCGCCUGGUGCAGCGGAGCGGGACGCUGGUCGGGGGCUCCGUGCGGUGGGGCGCCGCGCGCGUGCUGGCGACGGCGGCCCUGGAGGAGCACCGCUCCAUGAACCCCUGCCCGGUGCACGACGCCCGCACCGCCACCGUCUUCCUCUUCUUCAUCGCGGUGCGGGGCCGCACGCCCGAGGCCGCGCAGAUCGCCGCGGGCAGGAACGCCGCUCGCCUCUGCUGCGUGACCAGCCGGGACGCGGGGCGCAGCUGGGGCGCCGCCAGGGACCUCACGGAGGAGGCGGUGGGCGGCGCCGAGCAGGACUGGGCCACGUUCGCUGUGGGCCCGGGCCACGGCAUCCAGCUGCCCUCGGGCCGCCUGCUGGUGCCAGCCUACACGUACCGCGUGGACCGGCGGGAGUGCUUCGGCAGGAUCUGCAGGACCAGCCCCCACGCCUUCACCUUCUAUAGCGACGACCACGGUCGCACCUGGCACCGCGGAGGCCUCGUGCCCAACCUCCGCUCGGGCGAGUGCCAGCUGGCCGUGGUGGAUGGCGGGCAGGCCGGCAGCAUCCUCUACUGCAACGCCCGGAGCCCCCUGGGCAGCCGCGUGCAGGCGCUCAGUGCAGACGGGGGCACCUCCUUCCUGCCCGGGGAGCUUGUGCCCGCCCUGGCUGAGACCGCCCGGGGCUGCCAGGGCAGCGUCCUGGGCUUUCCUGCCCCUCUCUCCAGCGGGCCAAGGGGUGAGGGACGGUCAGCGGGUGCCAGAAACCACCCCCAGGCCCCACGCCUCUGUCCCGGAGUCCAGCAGCCGUCAAAGGAGGGCACCACAGACCCCCAAGGGGACCUGGGGCUCAGCAGGAUGGAGGGGUGCAGGGACGGCCCUGAGGAGCCUGGCCCAGGGCCUGGGCUCAGGAACCCCAGGAAGGCCCAGACCCCGAAGCUCCCAGGGCCCCCAGCCACCCUGUCUCAGAGCCCCACCUGGCUGCUGUAUUCCCACCCGGCGGGGCGCAGGGCUCGGCUCCACAUGGGAAUCCGCCUGAGCCGCUCCCCCCUGGACCCCCACAGCUGGACGGAGCCCUGGGUGAUCUACGAGGGCCCCAGUGGCUACUCUGACCUGGCGUCCGUCGGGCGCACCCCCAAGGGAGCCCUGACCUUUGCUUGUCUGUAUGAGAGUGGGGCCAGGGUCUCCUACGAGGAGAUCUCCUUCUGCAUGUUCUCCCUCGCUGAGGUCCUGCAGAACGUGCGCGGGGGCCCCGAGCCGCGCCCCCCCGGGGACAAGCCCCUGGAGCGCUGCCAGCCUUCCUGACAGGCGCUCGGGCCAUACCCGCGGUGGGCACCUGACGGUGCGCUCCACAGCGCGGAAGGAGAGCGGGCAGACGUGUAGGAGAAGACAGAUCCCUAGUUGUAGUAGAAGAUUGUAGACACACGUCUCGGAACCUGACGGGGCAGACGGACAGUCAGUGAGGACACGGACUUGGCCACUUGACUAACAGACUUGACUUAACAGACACGCGCGCGCCCAGCAACUGCAGAAGGAACCGCAUGUUCACACGCACACAGGAGUAGAAAUUGAUGCUACGUGGGAUCACGCAACCGAGUCUCUGCAAGACUUCAGAGGAUUGAAAAUUACAGUGAAAUAAAAACGAAAGGAAAUUAAAAACCUUCCUUGUGUCUGAAGAUUAAGAAACAUGAUUCCGAGUCACUCCUUGUUCAAAGAAGAAGCCGCAUGGCUUCUGAAAAUGAGAAAAUGAAAAUGAGAAAAGAUUUUGAAAUUAUGCGAACGCUACACACGGUCUGGGAGAUGAACAUGGGGGGGGGGGCCCGCGGAUGCCCCCACCUGAGGAAGGGGCAACAAACGAGUCCAGGGGAAGCAGAAGGAAGAGGAGAGUCAGGAACAAAACCAGACGGGGCAGGAAAAAUAAUGCAGUGGAAGGAACAAAUAGGGCCAGAAUCCGGUUUUUAAAAAACUAAUAAAACUGAUAAACCCCUGAUGAGGCUGAUGAUUUAGAGAGAGAGAGAGAGAGAGCGCACAGAACCAGGAUCAGGAGUGAGAGCGGGCCCGCCGGGCUCCUGUAGAUGUUCAAAGAUCUCAAGGUGUUCGGAGCUGUUUUAUGCAAAUAAACUUGAAAAUGUAGACUAAAUGCA